GUCGGACUGUUGUUCAGGACGGAACAGACAACCGUUGACGCACAAAGAUUGUCUGUUUUGUCGGGCUCUCGUUUGCAAAAACCGUGAAAUAUUAGACGUGACCUUGGUACAGCAGCCGAUAUUAAUAUUUCUUAGUGGAAUGUAUCUGAAGUGAAUCCCCAGGAUGGACAGAGGUAUUUCCGCAUUACCCGGUCCGUCUCUUCCCCUCUCCUCCCUGCGCCUCCUGGUGCCACCCAUUCGGCUUGUCUCUGCAGCCAUCUGGCAAACGGUGGAGCAGAAAAUUGUGUCGGAUUAUGGUCUGCUUGAGGAGUUUGUAUUUAGGGUCACAGAGAUUGUUCCCCAGCUUCUUUCAACGAGGCAGAGGGCUGAACUCAUUCUGGGCCUCAGAGCACGACUGAUUCUGGAACUGUGUCGCUCUGAGCAGACUGCUGACCUCCAGAUUAUUCAGCCACAUCUCGAUCGUAUGCAGAACCUCAAAACACUCUGGAAUGCAGAGACUAACAACGCAGACCCAUCUGACUCUCAGUUUAUGGGACUUGUGAAAAACCUGCUGCGAGAUCCUGAAGAGAGGAGAAAUUUCUUCCAGGAUGUUUUCCCAGGAGACUUUGGCCCCACAUAUGACAAAGCAAUCCAGACAUUGAUGUGGUUGUUUCUGUCCAGACUUGAAAAGCUUCUUCCAACCCAGUCUUUGCAACAGAUUGCGUCUCUUCUUGGUGAUGCCUCGUCUGUUCUAAAUGAAUACGUGGAGUCUUUCGCUCGGCCUCAGGAGCUGAAAACACUGCUAGACGCUCAGAAAGACCUCAGCCAGUUGGAUGACAUCGAUUCAUAUGUUGUAGACAGUGGAAUCCUAUCAGCCCUCUGUCUCCCUCCUGUGGAAAGAGUUGUAAUCGUCAAUGAACAAACAGAGCCCGGUACAGAGAGUGGCCUUGUGUACACAGUUUGCACAGAGAUGGAAGUGGAGUCUGAGAAUAAGGAAGUGUACGUGGAGGGAGCUGGGAGUUCUGAAGCAGCUGUUCAAAGCCAAUGGUUUGGCCUGAGCAGCGAGGUGAAAACAGAAGCAGAUACUGAGGUGGUUCCGGAGCCCAUUGAAGGUAACGGGGCCAAUGAGAUUGAAAUGACAGACGACCACCAUGACGGACAACCUGAAAUGUUAAUGAUCGGGGAGGACGGUCAGGUGACUGUCCUUGGUGGCGUGGAGAAGAAAAGACGUGGGAGAAAAAAGAAACAACCUAUAGAUAAAGACUUUGAAGUAAGGGACAAACAGGCAGAUCCGGACUUUGUCUUGUGGGACAGACCAGUGCGAAAGAACCGGGGCCUCAAGAUGAAACGUUACCUGUCUCAGUGGAGGAAAACCGGAAAGACACCGGGUGCCAACAGUACCACAGCUAAGAGAUUUCCCAGAUCCCAAGGUUCUGCCAAAACCAAUGACUUGGAAGAUAGAACAUGCAAACUGUGUGGUAAGGUGGCGAGUACUGCCAGAUUCUUGGAGCGACACAUGAAUCAACACACAGAAGAACCCCCAUUUUCUUGUCUGUCAUGUAAAAAGUUUUACAAGAGCUUGCGUUAUCUGCAGCAUCACAAAUGUACAGGCCUGCCGAAAGAGAGGAAAGAAAAAGAACCAGAGCCAGCAGAUGAUGGUGAACAGUCGUCCAGUGGGAUUCCAUGUGAGACAACAAAUGAAGAUCAGCUACCAGACACUGAAGAUGACCCUGAUUACUCACCAGACAAGAGGUCUAAAGAAUCAGGACAGAGGAGCCCAGAUGGAAACAAAAGUAUUCUAGAAGGUCCAUUCUACUGUCCUCACUGCAGUGUCGAGUUCAAGUGCAAACAAACGUUUAGGUUCCAUUUAAGGAACAUUUGCUACACUGAGCAGCAGGUCGACCCUGAGAAGCCAGAGGACGUUAAGCAUUGUUUUAGGUGUGACGAGUGUGACAAGGCAUUCAAAUACAAAUCAACUCUAGAUUCCCACAAACAAACGCACAAUCCUCUCUACUGCGAAGUGUGCAUGAAGCUGGUACGAGACUCUGACGCGUUGGCCAUGCACAAGGAGUCGCACACUCCGUUUCAGUGCAACCACUGUGAGGAGAAUUUCCCUGUAUUCAAGGCUCUUCAUAAGCACUACAUCGACGUGCAUAAUCCCACCGAGCCUUUUACCUGCCCCCACUGUCAGGUGACGUUUGCCAGUUUGAAGCGUUUCAUUAGACACGAAUGGAAACACACGGGUUACCAACCGUUUCAAUGUCCGCAUUGCACUAAAAGAUUCAGAUCAUACUCUGACCUUGUGGAGCACCAGAAAAAACACACAAAAGCAUAUCCUUUCCUUUGCUGGGAAUGUGGAAAGAAGUUCAGGCAUGGUGUAACGUUGACGAGGCAUGUUGAGCGUGUGCAUCACGCCGGUGAACCCAUUACAGAGAAACCCACACCAACCUUCACCUGCGCUCAGUGUGGUAAGACCUUCACUUCUAGAAGAUGCCUUUUAAAACAUGACAACUUCCAUCACAAAGGGUUGCGGUUCCCAUGCGAACACUGUGGGAAGGGAUUCUUUGGCAAAGACGCGUUGGUGAGACAUACACUAAUUCACACCGGUGAAAGGCCUUUCAAGUGCGACGACUGCGACAAAUCUUUCCGAUCUGCUGCAGAACUGAAGAUCCACAGGAGAUACCACACCGGGGAAAGGCCGUUUAAGUGCAACAUCUGUGAUAAAGGUUUUGUCCAGUCCUGCUUUCUUACUCUACAUAUGCGAACCCACACAGGGGAGAGACCUUAUGUUUGUAAUAUAUGUAGUAAAGGCUUUUCAAGUCUGCACGGUCUCAAAAGACACAGGAGGCUCGUCCAUGCGUAGUUAAUAUUAACAGUAAUCACUAGAGGGAUGUUCUGUUCUACUAAACCCCUGUUGAAGGAGGUCAGAGGUCAGCUCUGGACCAGAGCUUGAGGAUCUGUUUUUUGUUGAGAAUCUUUUCACAGUGUGGACACUGACUGACGGGGAAAUGAAACUGGACUCCUCAUUUGAAGGACCAUUUUGUUAACUCAUAGGCCACACUUUAAAAGUCUGCAGCUGCCACUGUUGGAAAUGGCUGAAAAUGUGUAAUUGUAUAGUUGAUUAUUAUAAAAAUGUAUCUUUGUAUUUUUUACACAAAUGUUUGCUGUAGUUCUACAUAAGAUUUGUAUGUAUAAAUACAUUAACCUUGUUUCCUCUGGGAAUGGAUUUCAUUUUGCUGAAUAAAAUGAAGAUUUCAAGUGA